AGCGCGGGGCGGGGCGCGGAAGGAUCCGGGCACGCCGCGCUGUGCCGCCCUCGGUAUAUCUGCCCGGGUCCCGCCGGGCCGCCUCAUUCCCCAGCCUCCGCUCACCACAUCUUCUCACGCGACCGCGCCGCCGCCGCGCCUUCUGCGUCAGUCCCCGCCAUGGCCCUGUAGGCGCGAACUCCCCCUACGUGCCCCCGGCCCAACGCCGCGCUCACCGCGUCUGCGCUCCUCUACUACCGCCUUCCCCUUUCAGCCGAGGCCGCCGCCGCCUCUUCUUUGCGUAGCCAUGGAGUCCUCCACUCUCGCCUUGGUGUCUCUCUACACCCCACUGAGCAACUUGCCGAGUGUCCUCUCCACUGUUGGUGCCACCUGUCGCCUCUGUGAUCAUCCAGGCCCAGCAUCUGCCCUGCAGCCAUGUCUCUCCUGGCAACCCUGGGGCUGGAGCUGGACAGGGCCCUACUUCCAGCUAGUGGGCUGGGCUGGCUCGUAGACUAUGGGAAACUCCCCCUGGCCCCUGCCCCCCUGGCUCCCUAUGAGGUCCUCGGGGGAGCCCUGGAGGGCGGGCUUCCAGGGGGGGGAGAGCCCCUGGCAGGUGACGGCUUCUCUGACUGGAUGACUGAGCGGGUUGACUUCACGGCCCUCCUCCCUCUGGAAUCCCCCUUGCCCCCAGGUCCCCUGCCCCCCCAGUCCCCACCCCCCCCUGACCUGGAAGCCAUGGCCUCCCUUCUUAAGAAGGAGCUGGAGCAGAUGGAAGAUUUGUUUCUCGACGCCCCCCUGCUCCCUCCCUCCUCCCCGCCGCCCCCAGUCCCCACCCUGCCCCUUCCACUCCCUCUGCCCACCUUUGACCUCCCACAGCCUCCCACCCUGGACACCCUUGAUCUGUUGGCCAUCUACUGCCGCGGUGAGGCUGGCCAGGGGGAGCCAACGCUGGCACCCAUGCCUCCGCAACAGUCCCCUCCACCCCCACCACCCCAGCCCUCCCGCCCGGUCCCCUACCCACACCCUGCCACCAUCCGUGGGGACCGGAAGCAAAAGAAGAGGGACCAGAACAAGUCGGCGGCUCUGAGGUACCGCCAGAGGAAGAGGGCAGAGGGUGAGGCCCUGGAGGGCGAGUGCCAGGGGCUGGAGGCCCGGAACCGGGAGCUGAGGGAGCGGGCCGAGUCGGUGGAGCGGGAGAUUCAGUACGUGAAGGAUCUGCUCAUCGAGGUGUACAAGGCCCGGAGCCAGAGGGGUCGUAGCAGUUAGGAGUGCCGUCACUGCAGCCCUGCCCCCGCCACGCUCCUCCUCUGCCUUCAGCCCUGGCCCUGACUUCCUUCCGCAAAACCAUCACCAUCUCCUCCAACCAUCUCCUCUCUACACCCCUUCACCACCGUCUCCUCCCUACACCCUCCACCACCAUCUCCUCCCUACACCCUCCACCACCAUCUCCUCUCUACACCCCUCCACCACCAUCUUCUCCCUACACCCCUUCACCACCUUCUCCUCCCUACACCCCUCUACUCACACAGGGCUGAGGAAUAGGCGGGCAGGAGGGAGUUUGGAAACACAGGUGAGGCCAGGGGCAAGAAGCCAGGGAGCUACCCAAGAGGAGCAGGAGAGGAGGGUGAGCUGAAACCAGGGAGGAGUGGGAGGAGAUCAGGAUCUUACAAUAGGAGAGGAACAAGCCAGGUGACAGGGACCAGCUGUGGGGUAGGGUGGAGACCACAGAGCAGUGGUUCUCCAGGCGGGAGGGGGUGGGGGGCUGGGCAGGGCGG